AUGUCGACAAUGCCCGAGCCGACGAAAGAUGCUCCGGCGGAAGAGGCGGGUGCCAAACAAGGCCAACAGGAAGAAGUUGACAUCAAUCUUGAGGAUCCACAAGUUCAAGAAGCUGCUAAGAAGAUCCAAAACGUUUUCAGAAGUUACACCCUUGGCCCAAAAAUUCCAACAAAGCUUCUUCAUCCAAAAUCCGGAGUAAAACCAAAAUAUGUGUCUGCCGAUGAAGCUGUUUCGGUUAUAAACUCAAAUUCCGAUAUUUAUGUCCAGAAUCAUGCUGGAGUCCCAACUGAAUUGCUAGAAGCACUUUGCCGUCGGGUUGAUUCGGCAAAUUUGAAGGAUAUUCGAAUGUCACACUUGAUUCUCAGUGGUUAUUGCCCACAAUUUGACCCAAAAUACCACGGAAAAAUUCGUUCGAACAGUCUGUUUAUUUGUGGUGGAAAUCGAAAAAAUGUGAAUGCUGGAGCUGCUGAUUAUACACCUGCAUUUCUUUCUGAAAUUCCAUCGAUGUACACUAAAGGAACUAUAAAUGUUGAUUAUGCAUUCAUCACAGUAUCGCCACCAGAUGAAAGAGGAUUCUGCACUCUUGGCAUCGAUGUUGAUUGCUCUCUAGCCGCAUCUAGCGCAGCAAAACAUAUUAUUGCUCUUGUCAAUCCAACAAUGCCCCGAACAAUUGGGCUUUCCACCGUUCAUUCGUCUCAUUUCGAUUUUAUGGUCAAAACUGAUCGCCAUAUCUCUUACAAAGAGGGUAUAGAUCCAAUUUCGGACGUUGAAAACAAAAUUGGAACGAUUAUUGCCGAAAAUCUUGUUGAAAAUGAAGCAACUCUUCAACUCGGAAUCGGAGCAAUUCCGGAUUCGGCUCUGGCCGCGAUGAAAAACCACAAAGAUCUCGGUGUUCACACUGAGAUGUUCAGUGAUGGUGUUAUUCAGCUUAUGAACAAGGGAAUCAUAAACAACACAAAGAAGGCGUUUAUGCCGGGAAAAGUUGUUUCAUGUUUCGCCUUCGGAACCAAAGAGUUCUAUAAAACCAUCGACAACAAUCCGGAAUUCUACUUUGCUCCGUGUGAUUUCACCAACCACAUCGACAUUGUUCGCCAAAACAGUAAAAUGACCAGCAUCAACUCGGCUAUUGAAGUGGAUUUGACCGGUCAAAUUGUUUCUGAUUCAAUUGGCCGCAAUUUCUACUCAGGAUUUGGAGGUCAAGUUGAUUUCAUGGCGGCUACGCCGAACGCAUUCGAUGGCAAAGGUAAAGCAAUCAUUGCGCUUCCAUCAAGAACUACCAAAGGACAAACGAAGAUCGUACCGUUUCUCACACAGGGAUCUGGUGUCGUGACAACCAGAGCACAUGCUCGAUACAUUGUUACCGAACACGGAGUUGCUCAUCUUUGGGGAAAAUCAAUUCGUCAACGUGCCUAUGAACUCAUUCAAAUUGCUCAUCCAGAUGAUAGAGAAACUCUUGAGAGAGCCGCAUUUGAUCGAUUUAAAGUCAUGCCUAGCCCUUAA